CUUGCAGCCUGCAGCCCCGCUCCGUAAACAGGCCCCGUUAUUGUCCAGCAUGGCAGCGGCGCUGUCUAGAGCUCUCAAACUGCCCGGUAAGAAGAGCUCAGAGCUGGGUGAGUAUGACCCCCUGACACAGGCAGACAGUGAAGAUGACAGUGAGGAGGAUGACCUCGUGCUUAAUUACCCCCGCAACGGGCUGGGUCGGGGCAGCUGCCUGGGGCCAGGGGCAACAGACCCACGAGGCAGCAGGACAAGACUGGGGGAGGAGGAGGAGCUGGAGGAAGAGGAAGAGGAAGAAGAGAGGGGAGGAGGGCGGGGCAUGGGGACAGGGCUGAGGCAGGACGGGACAGGAGGAGGGGCAGGACCAGGGCAGGUGGGGGAUACAGAGGGUAAGAAGGCAAGGGCGCGAGGUGCCGCCCGAACCGCAGCGUUUCUUUUGCCCCUUGCCUGUGCCACACUGACUGUGCUGCUGUGUGCAUUCCUGGUGCCCUGCAGGCAGGGGGCACUACAACAGCACCCGCAGUGGGAGACCCAGUCAGGGGACGUGGGAGGUGUGACAUCACCUCCUCUAGCAUUAUGGGAUGUUGAUGGUGAUGGAAUGGAAGAUUUACUCAUCGCAGUCACCAAAAUCUCCAACAGCAGCCAGCCAAUCGGUUCCCUAGGCACCAGUAAAGAGUACAGUGUAGUAGCUCUGCGUGGAGUGAGUGGGGAUAUGAUAUGGAGUCAAUCUGUGAAGGAGCCUGUGUUCUCCAUUCAGUGUGGCCUGCAAACCGCUGCUGCCGAAGAUUCUGCUGCACAGAGAGAGAAUCCUCCACCUGUGUGUCUCCUCAUCACUCCAUCAUGCCUCACUGCCGUCAACGCGUCCUCAGGUAAGAAGCUGUGGAAAGUUCAGGCAGGGGAGGUGGAGUCUCGGGCUGUGGCUGUUCCUAACCUUCAGGGAGACGCAGUUCCAGACCUGCUGAUCGCUACUCUACCUGCAGACCAGAAUUCAGAUCUCUCUCUAGUUCUGCACUCAGGGUUGGACGGCUCUCUGAUUGGUCAGCCAGUGAACUUUACCCUCACAGCACAGGGAAAGCUCAUUGGUCCAUUGCUGCACGAGACGGCAGCAGGAGCGUAUUACAUCCUAUUUGGUUUAGGCACUGUAGAGGCUGUCUCUCUGAGGGAUAUUUACAGAAAGGCAACAGGCCGGAUAACACUGCCCCCCAGCCUUAGCCUGAGGGAUCCCCUCUGGGAGAAGCAGAGGAAGACCAACCAGUCCAUUCUACACAUCUACAGUGGUUCUGAGCCAGCUGAGUAUUUGCUGCCUCUGGUGGCUGGAGUGUGUAAUAACCAUAACAACCUAGAUCCUCUGUCUAACCGUAACUCCAGCCGCAGUGACUGGGUGUUGCUUAACUCUAACAGCAGGAUCUCCAUUAUCAGAGAGAGAGACACUCACACUGCCUGGAAAGUCAACUCUUCCGCCAUACACAGCCGUCCUGCUAUUGGUCAUUUUAAUGAUGAUGGAGUUCCUGACCUGCUCAUCCAACAAUCUGCCAAUGGAGUUCGAAAGAUUCAGAUUAUUGAUGGAGCUCGUGGUGUGUGUGUGUGGGAGGCAGAGUUUGUGUGUCCUCGUCUUGUUCUGGAAGGUUCCUCCAUUUUGACCACAGACGGCCAGUCUGUGUUUCUGUUCUGGGCUGGAGACCCUCUGCCCCCCUCCAGGAAUGCUACCAAGUUGAGUACAUCUGAGCCGGUUCUCCGCAGGCUUUUCCUUCUGCACCCGUCAUAUCCCACAAUCCUACAGCAGCUCAUCAGCACCACAGACACAGCGCUAACAGCUACAGUGAGCUAUCAGGAAGUGCAUAAGGACGCGUCCUAUGUGGUAGUUCUGUCCCGCCCUGUCUCUGGCCUGGGUCCGGGGGCUCAGGUGGUGAAGAGUUUGAGCGUGAGAGCAUCUCUGACAUCUGCACUGACCGUCCGUCUGGGACAGGACAGUAAAGCUAGUGGCCCACUUACACCCACCGCCUUCCAAAUCAACAAAUUCUUCAGACAGCUCUCCUUCAGACAGUGAGAGACUGUUAAAGCUCCUCCAUCACUAGCUAUGGAACCCUGCCACCAAGCAACAAGCAGACACCCAUAUGGAUCCUUUUGAACCCCUGUAGUUCAUGCAACUACAGCUCCGCUUUUAAAUCCAUUUUAUCCUGCAGCAUGCUGUAAACUUUAACUAAUCACUACCUAAGUGGCCAUUCCACUUUGUUUUUUUUUUAAGUGCGUAAGUGUGAUUGUAUUUAUUGGUAUUUAUUUCCCGGGUGCUGGUGAUGAUGUUUUGCUCAUUUAACUUGAAUGCAGAACUGACCGUAAAGACUACUAAUAAUGGUAUGUGAUCCACUGACUGUAAACAGUUUUUGUGACUUUUAAAGAAAUAUGUAUAUAUGGGAUAAAUGCAAAAUGAGGGCACUGAACACGUUCUGAACCUGAUGUAAAUAUAAUAUUCAAACCAGUGUUUUCGGAUAGGCCACUUCAGGCUAUGAAAUCUGCUUUUGCUUUAUUUGGAACCCUUUCAUCUUAAAUGGGAAUUCUUACAGUGGUGGUGAUAGGAACCAGACGUCUACAGUGCAAAUAUUGCCAUUUUAUUUACUAUUCAGAAUAACUGAUAAACAGACACAUGUCCUCAUAUGUUUUCUGAGUUUUUAUUUUGUAAUGUUGGUAAUGGUCAGUCGUAAAUCUUUUUGGAACUACUCUUCCUAAUCCCUGCCUGCAUCUCUCCACCAUGAAUUAUUUUUAAAAAAUAGUUUAGGUCAACAUUAUCUCAGAACUAUUAUAAAACAAUGUCUAAGACAUCAGGCAGUGUAUUUGUAACCAUUUUGUGUAACAGCUUUUUGUGACAGAGCUUUUAGAGGCAAUAAACUCUUCAGAUGUCUGAUUUCCCAUCACCACCACUGUGAACUAUUCUGAUGCAGUAAAUUCGUCUAGAACAGAGCACAACCAGAAAAAAGCUGGAGUGGUGUCAUAUCAAACUGAAUGAGUUUGAUUCUAAAUUUAAUUAUGCAGAAAUUUCUGUGUAUAUUCUUGAGUAUUUUACUUUUCCUUUAUUCACUCGAGCUGAUGUUCUUUUCUCUCAGUUAACGCCACCUGAAUGUGAUAUGUAGAUAUGUGGCUCUAUUGCUGUACAGUAGAUCUAUUUAUUGCACUCAUCAAAGCACUGGAAAGUUACUUUUCCUGCAAUUCUUGUGCAAGAAACUAAACCAAGCUCUUGUAGAAUAGAGACCUUUGGUUCAUGUUUUGUUUGAAAUGGAUUUCAAAUUGCUGCAAUAUUUUGAGUUAGCUGAACAGAACAAUAAAAACCAUUGCGCUGCUAAAGACUCUA